AUGUAUCCAUCAACGAAAAAUAUCGAAUAUAAUCUCCCAAACUGGGCCGAGGCGCCGAACCCCCUAUCUUGUCAAGAAUGUCGGCGGCGAAAGGUUAAAUGUAGCCGGCAACGGCCAAAGUGUGCUGGCUGCAUCAACUCAUCGCUUGCCUGUGCCUAUCCUUCGGGCCCUUUGAAACCCGGUCCCAAGCCAGGUCGUCAAAGAUUGAGGAAGAGACGGAUAGAGCAGGCAGCCUGGAGGCAAGAGAUGCUGGACAUGGAGUUGGACACUAUACAUCCGACACCCAAUGCCAACACCAACGCCGUGCACUCGGAUUUAUCUCCGACCCAGCUCCCGGUUCUUCCCCAGGGCGCGACCGCUGCCGGAGCCCCAUCGUUUCCAUUUGGCUUGGGGACAUCUAUUAACCAAUGUCGCCAAUCGUCCCGGAGCCACAGCCCAGAUGGACCUUUCUUGCUGAACCGUCGGAGACUUUCGUGGUUGGUUCAUCCCAACCACGAACCAGUAAGCUCAGUUUCGGAGCCUGUUCAUAAUCCCAUGGCGAAACUCGUCAUGGUUGGUGAAGAGUCAUUAUCCAUCUAUGGGGAGCUCCUGGAUAAGAUGGGCAACGCAUUACACACCAGUGGCACCGAUGUCAAUUAUCUAAUCGGCCUCUACUUCGACAAUAUGCUGGCUUUCAAUCUCUUUACCACGCGUCUCCUAGCCAUCAAAUUCCAGUCUGCAUCACCUCCUCAACUGAUUGCUCUGUUGGCGGCAAUGUUCUCCUUUUCUGCUCGCUUUCGAUCCCAGAGCCCCUCCGAUAACAGUGGCGAGUUGGCCUCGGAAGAUGGAGCACGACUACCAACGGCAAAUGAAUUCCAUGACCUUGCAAAACGACAUGUUGAAAAAGAACUCUUGGGCCUCAGAGAACCCCCUCCUUUGCUUCUCCUACAAGCCAUGGUGCUCAUCUCGUUUCACGAGUUAACCGAGAGCGCAGAAGGCAGGGGAUGGAGGUCUCUGGGCCUGCUGGUGCGCAUCGCAUUUGAGCUUCGUCUUCACAUUUUAGACCGAGACGUGGAUGAUGCCUCUAUAUGGCGUGACCCUGAGCUAUGGUCUGCCAUGGAAGAGCGUCGCCGGGCUUGGUGGGCCAUCUGGGAACUUGACGUCUUCACAAGCACCGUCCGUCGUCUCCCCGCCUUGAUUGAUUGGAAUGAGAAUUGGACCAAGUUGCCCGUCGAUGAUGUAUGCUGGAUUCGCAAAACUCCUCAAAGGAGUUGCUACUUGGCGGCCGACCCAAUGGAGCGUUUCAAGUUACUCGAGGCUUGCGGAAACAAGUCGGCUAAAGCCUGGUUUAUUAUUGCCAACUCGUUGAUGCGAACCGCGUGCUGCCUAUCAACCUCGCAGGAAUUCUUUUGGACGCCGGGGUCUCUCAACCCCCGCCGACCUGGUCGAGAGUCCUUUGCCGGCCAGCAGCCGUCCCUGGCGACUAUACAGAACACGUAUAAAAUAUUGGGCAACGCGGUCUACUGUUUUUCCAUGGCCUUGCCUGAUCAUCUGCGAUAUCGCGGCCAGCAUCUGUUCGCCUCUGCUGCCUCGGCUUCCAGGGCAACUAAACAGCACGAUUCGCAUAUAUACAGCAUCCAUGUCAUGAUUCAGCUGACAGAAUUCAUGCUGCAUCAUUGCCAAGUCUUUGGUAAUGCAUGCGGCGAGACCGAACAUGUUUUGCGCACAAGUCAGCAGGGGGGUUCAUACAGCGUAUUUGGAGGCCAUGAACAGGAAGCCAGGUAUGAUAUGCUAGGCAAGCAGUACCUCAGCGCGGCGGACAAGAUACUCUCGAUAGUCAGCACCAGCGCCCCCGAUCAUGUGCAGCUGGUGAAUCCGCUUCUUGCCAGCACCAUCUGGCUCGCCGCGGCGGUAUUUCUCGUUUACAGCUACCUCGGAAUCUCCAAGAACCUUGCCGGCGAAAAGCUAGUGGUGGAAUCGAAUAUCAAUCUUUUGAAAGCCGUGUUCCGCCAGUUUGUUGCUUGGUGGGACAUGUCGAAUAUUUUAGAAGUCAAGCUUGCCGAGCUGGAGAAGCACCUCUUGCGCAUGCGUGAUGGGGACUCGAGUUUCGAAAACAAAGAUCAAAUGUCUUGUCUCGACAAUGAUCAACAGAAUACACAAUCACACAUCAGAGGCCUCGGCACGGAUACCGUCUUCAGGUCCCGCGGGGGCCAGCCGCCUCUUUCACAGGAGGAAACGGUGGUGGAUGAUGGCUAUGACAUGGCGACUUCGGAGGAUUCGCCCGGCCGCAUGGAGACCCUCGCAGCCGGAGGCGCGUCUAAUAUGAUGACAAGCAGAAACACUGCCACAUUGGCUCAUGAGCCAAUGCCUGGUCUCUUUGAGGGCGAUUUCCACUACGACUUGGAAUUGCAAGGAUUCGUGGAUAGCAUGUUUGCCGCAUUCAGAAGUGGCGAUGAUUAA